AUGGCGGAGACACUGUUAGAGGACUGGUGCAAGGGCAUGGAUCUGGACCCCAGGAAGGCCCUGCUGAUCGUGGGCAUCCCCGUGGAGUGUAGUGAGGCUGAAAUGGAAGGGACCGUGAAGGCAGGCUUCAAGCCCCUGUGUGCGUACAGGGUGCUGGGCAGAACGUUCCUAAGGGAAGACAAUGCCAGGGCUGUCGUCAUCGAGUUGGCUGACACUGUCAAUUUUGUUACAAUCCCUAGUCAGAUACCAGGAAAUGGGGGCACCUGGGAAGUGCUGGUAAAACCCCGGAACCCAGAUGAACAAUUUAUCAGUAGACUGAAGUACUUCCUGAAAGAUGAGAGCCGGAGAGUGGUAGACGUGGCCAAAACCCUGGCCUACAGCACCUUGUCCACUGAGGACAUGGAGCUAGAGGGCUCGAGCCAAGUCUGACCAGCAGUUUUGCAGCCUCUGGAAGACAGCACGUGGUACCAAAAACCAAAAGUGUUUUCGGGAAGUGCUUUCCCAGGCCCACGCCAAGAGACCUUUGAAGUGUGGCUGGAGCAGGUCACUGACUUGAUGCAGAUGUGGCAAGUGUCUGAGGUGGAGAAGAGGUGGCGUCUGCUGGAGAGCUUACGCGGCUCUGCCCUGUCCAUCAUGCGGGUGCUCUGGGCCCACAAUGACUCUAUCACUGUGGAGCAGUGUCCGGACGCCCUGACGCAGAUCUUUGGGAAUAAAGAGGACUUUAGAAGCUCUCAGUUUAGGUUUCUUCAGACCUUUCAGAAAACUGGAGAGAAAGUCUCUGCUUACUUGCUAUGCUUAGAGCCCCUGCUGCAGAAAGCCGUGGAGCACAGCCCCUUAGAGCAGAGCACAGACAUGAUUCGCCUGAAAUGUUUUCUAUCUUGGGCCUGCAUGACCACCACCCUCUGGCACAAGCUCGAGCUCCUGGAUCAGUGAGACUGUCACCCCGCAUUUAUGGAGUUAAUGAAAGUCAUUCGAGAUGAAGAGGAG